AUGAGCAAUCCUGUGUCAACAACUCCCGCAAAUCGCUUUUGCGAUCUAGCCAAGUAUAUUAACAGUUUGACAGACCUGCUGGGCGUGGAUAUUUUGGCCCCAGUACUAAAAUUUAACUAUCGCACAUGGACCACGAUCUUCGCCAUUAUUAACUUUACGGUCUUUACUAUAUACUCGAUCGUGGACAACGGAGGUGAUUGGCUAGUCAGUUUGAAAGCCGGUCUUAUGAUAGGAGGAGUAACGCACGGCACGGCAAAGUUCUUGACCUGCAUUGUGAGACAAAAAGAUAUGCGAAGCUUGACCUUGUUUACCCAAGACAUUUACGAUGAGUACGAGAAAAGGAAUCCUUCCUAUUCCUCCACUUUAGAUGCAAACAUCGAUCGACUGCUGAGAUUUAUGAAAGGAAUUGGAUACGGAUAUAUGGUAACAAAUUUUCUAAUGGUUUUUACUCCGCUAGCAAUGUUUGCCUACAAUGACUCCCGGAUGACUGUGUUGAUGUACGAGAUACCUGGCUUGCCAAUUCAGAAGAAUUUCGGAUACUUUCUAACGUUCUUGAUCCAUUUGCUUACGAUAUGUGUUAGAGGUUUUGGUUUUUACGCCGGCGAUUUGUUUGUUAUGCUUGGUUUGACACAAAUUUUAACCUUUUCGGACAUCCUUAAACUAAAAAUAAAGGAGCUGAAUUCUGUUUUAAAACUCAAGGAGGAAAAGAGAGCUCUGCUGCCAGUCGGUGAACAGAUCGGGGGCGAAGAAGAUCGUCAGAGGUUGCUUAUAGAAAUGAUAAAAUGGCAUCAGCUAUUCACAGACUACUGCCAAAGAGUGAAUAAUCUAUACAAUCCCCUAAUUACCACUCAAGUUCUGGCCAUGGCUUAUGAAAUCUUGGCCACUUUUUGCAUUAAUUUAAACGGUUUGCACGUACCAUCUGCAAUCAAUUUUCUUUUGGCCGCCUAUUGCAUGUCAGUAUACUGCGUAAUGGGAACUCAGAUCGAAUUUUCUUAUGACGAGGUCUAUGAAAACAUUUUCAAUGUUUCCUGGUACGAGUUGUCAGGCGAACAGAGGAAGAUUUUUGGCAUGACUCUACGAGAAUCGCAGAGUCCUCAUAAUAUUAAGCUGCUUGGAGUUUGGUCCUUGUCCGUAAGAACAGCUUUGCAGAUUAUAAAGCUUAUUUAUAGUGCAUCUAUGCUGAUGAAAAGAGGCUAA